AUGCUGAUACAAAUAUUCGAAAACAACCUUAUAUAUAGAGGCUAUAAUUCUUAUUUUAUAUCUCAAUUUUACUCUUCUUUUUUCUUUUAUACAUUUAUUUAUUCCACCUUAAGUAAUACAACCAAACAAUUAAUUUUAAUUAAUAUACACUAUCAUCAUAUUUUAACAAUGAAUAACUUAAUUUGUUCUUUAGUAGUAGGAAUACUUCUGAUUGGAGAGGUUACAUCUACCACUCCACAAUAUUCUAACAAAACAAUUUCCAAUAUUGCCGACAAAAGUACUCUUCCCAACAAAUUAGGGUUCUCGGUCGAGAACAUUAAUAUCGAACCAAGCGCUGUCAUUAUGAAUGUUUCAAACAUUGCACCUUCAUCUGUUACAUCUUCCACACCCGUACCAACAACUUAUUACUCUUCUUCAUCUAAACCGUUACAGGUUGAGUCGAGUAUUAUGAACUGGAUUGCGAACAAAAACCAAAAUGAAUCUGGAUCUAUUAUUGUUUCUAUGAAUACUGAAUAUACCAACUUAGUACCCCAAAUUAGUUCCAUUUAUCGAAACAAUAACCAAACGGUAAUUUCAACUUUACAAGUGGGUUUAUUAAACUCUACAUCAAUCUUCGGAAGUCUUCUAACUCCGGUGAUUCCAACUUCAACUAUUGAUUAUAAAUCUUAUAAUAAUGACUCUGUGCUCACAUCCGGUUUUGCAAACAAUACUGGCUCUCUGGAAUUAACCAAAAUUGCUUCUGUAUUACCAACUGCUCAGGUUGAGAAUACAAACUAUACCUCUCCUACCAAAUAUGGUAACUCUACUUACAAUACAACAUAUAAUCAUCAAUAUACUUCAACUACUACAAGUUCGAUAAUUUCCAAUAUAACUUCAAGUCAAAUUGGUUACUCUAAUGCCACUUCUACCUUACCUGGUUUGUAUUCUUCUCGAACUUUACAAAGACAAGAUAUCAGUUCUAGUGCAUCUAAUUCUAAUGCCACCCAAGUUUAUAUUAAUUCUACAAUGUCAAGCAAUACUCUUACAAGAACCCCUACUAAAUAUUUGAAUAUAACCUCCGCUUUUACAUCCUCAGGUCCUACACAAUAUUCCAAUUUAACUUCCAGCUUGGUAACUCAACCAGUCCCAAUCUCAUAUAAUAGUUCUAUUUCUAAAACUAGCGGUACACACACAAAUAUCAGUUCUACACAGGCCAUAUAUCACAACUCUACUAACAGUUUAACCUCUACCAACAUAAUAGAAGAUACAUCAUUAUUAAUAACAACAAACGUAACUAUGACAAUAGCUAGAACUAAUUCAUCUUCCUUCUCUUUGUCUACGACUUCAGUGACAGAGCAAAACUCUGUUACUACCCAAUGGCCAUCAAGAAAUGCUAGUUCAACUCAGAAAAGUUUCGAUAGUAUGUCGAGUUAUUCUAAUGAAUCUUCAACUGAUUCCAUUCAAAACUCAAAUUUGACAACAUCUUCAAAUACAUUAACAAAUAUUAAUCCUCAUUUCAGCAAUACAUCCAUUACUACAAUAAAACCAUCAUAUACAAACAAUAAUACUAUUUCUAUCCCAGGUGGAAUGGCUAAUGUUAAUGUGACAUAUAGUGUUGCUCCAGAAACUUUUCAACAAUCUAAAGGAAGCUAUAACAUAAGUAGUUCAACUUCAUCUUAUGUAGCUUCUCUUACUAUUUCAGGUAAUAUGUUGAACUCAACGAUAAUGACAUCCGCUAAGUUUGAAAACAGUUCUUUUACUCAACCAACAUCAAGUUAUUCUGCUAUUUUCACUGGUGUAUCCAAGUUAAUUUCUACAUACCAAACUGGGCAAGUGGAACUUUUGACGACUGAUAACGGUUAUAAUUCAACAUUGACUAGUGAGAGUACUGUUAAUUAUGCUAACACAACAUCAACUGCAUCAUCUUCUUAUCCAAUUGCUACUUUUUCAGCAACUACAGGGGCAAAUAAAGAUAGCAACCCUGUUUCUGCAACUAUCAAAUCGCUAACAAAUGGUACAUCAUCACUCAAAGAUCAAUCCGUAACUUCUAGUUUUGUUGAAUCUGUUAAUUCUGAUAUUAUAUCUUCAAAUGGUACGCAACAUAAAAGUUCUAUUAUUUUAGCAUCAUCAAUGGAUCCUGCCAAUAUUUCCCAAAAUUAUUACGCAAAUACUACAUCUACUUCUUCCACUGCUGUUUCAACUGUACCAAUCUUAUCUGAUCAAAAUAAUAAUGUAAAUCCAACUGGUAGCUUGAAAUUUGAAUCUGCCACAUCAGAAUCAACCAUUAAGAGUGAAAAUACCAUUAGAUAUACCACCUCUAUCACUAGUUCUAUUGAUAGUCCAAGUGCUAUCCCACCUAGUGGUUCUUCAAAGUUAUUGACUCCAAUAGCUUCUGUAGAUGCAACAACCAAUUAUAUCCACGAUAUUGACCCAAAAAAUCCAAUAUAUUCCUCCAAUGUUUCUUCCAUUACAAGCACAGUAAUGAGAGCUCCUUCAACGUCAACCACCUUCACAUUAAUUUCUUCUUUACCAACAGCAGUGAUAAACUCAGGUAUUUCUUCAAGUUACAACGAUUCGGUUCAACUUUCUAAAUCCCUAGAUCCACAACAAUCUUCUGUUUCAGAUAAACCAACUAUUUCAGCUGAUUUAGGUGAUUCUGAAACUUUAUCCUUUGUUGAUAGUAUCUUUAUUUCAUCAGAUGUAAAAGUCACUGCUUCAACCUCAACCAUUUCAAACAGCGCUGUAGAAUCGAAUAAUUCACUAAGUUCUGCUAACCCAACUGAGCAAGCCUCUCCAUCUACUAACCCAACUGAGCAAGCCUCUCCAUCUACUAACCCAACUGAGCAAGCCUCUCCAUCUACCAACCCAACUGAGCAAGCCGUUUCUUCUAUUGAUCAUGUACAAUCUAUUCGAACAAAUGAAUCCAACAAUCUACUAAUUGCGGAAAAUUCAAGUAAAUCAGGAUCUCAAAAGGAAUCAAACUCAGCUACAAAUAGUGAUGUCAUUAAUAAUAACACUUCUGCAACUGCAUCAGUCUCUGAUUCUACACAAGCCACCACAAUGACUUCAGUUUCAGCACAACUUCCAACUGAUUCAUCUUUCAUUACAUCCACUAUUACAAGUUCCAGUGCCACUUCAAGAGCCACUCAUUCAUCUAUUGAAUAUACAGGCUCUGCCUCCAAUGUCAUCAUUAGUUUUGGACAUGCAAUAAUUGUUCCAAUUUUAUUAACCAUUUCAUUUAUGUAA